GAAGUAACUAUAGUCUUGCUUUUUCGGGUGAAUAUAAUCACUCAAACGUCAUUGACGCACGAUUUUUCGAUUUUGCAGUCUUUUAAUCAGCCGUACGACUGACUGGUCAACUAACAAAGCUAUAAAUGGCUACAGCAAAAACUGAGGAAUCAUUUAGUCAAGUCAUUCGUAUGAAUGUUGCCCUGCUAAAAUUUUCCGGGACCAUUCCGAUGGACGAUGAGAUUUCCUCGAAGACGCUCCUCAGCUGCGGCUUGGCCAUCAUUUCCGGCGCCGCACUGAUACUUCACACUUCGGCCUAUAUCUACGACUUUCUUAUUCACGCGGCCUUUUUGGAGACAGCGAUCGAGUCCCUCGCCUUGAUAAUCGCCCUUUUCGGAGGACUUGUACGUUACCUGAUUGUCUACUGGUUACGAGGUGAUAUGCAUAAAAUAUUGCGGACCCUCGACGAUCUGUGGAAGACUGCAUCCGAUGAUGAGCGUCGAUGUAUCAAUUCGCUAAUGAAAGGCGCAGAAAACCUCACCUACUUCUUCUUGUCGCAGUGCAUAUUCACAAUAUUUUUUUACACAAUCGCGCCACUCUUCGUCCAUUUACACGACAGUAACUCAAACGCGACCAGAAGUUUACCUUACGCCUUUUUUACCGAGGUAAAUCAGUCACCCUGCUACGAAAUUCUCUACUUUAUUCAGAUUUUUAGUAUGCUUCAUCUCUGUGUGACUUGUGUCGGCGUUGACAUGGCUGGACCACUUUUGAUAACAACCGUCUGCGGACACUUGAGAGUUAUCCGGAACCGAUUCAGGAGUAUGGCACAAUCGAUGAAGAUUCAAAUGAACGACAAGAGCGACAUAAUCAUUCCUCGUACCUGUGACCGUUAUAACCAAGCAAUAGUGGAUUCCAGGUUGGAAAUCGGAAUAAACAAUCCUGUAGAAACAUCAGUGGCGUCUGAGCUUAGGUCUUGUCUUAAUUAUCACAAAAUAAUUCUCAAAAUAUGCGUGCACAUCGAACGAUUAACGAACAUCAUAUUUCUCACGCAACUCAUCGGGAGCACUUACAUCUUAUCAGCGGUUGGGUUCAAAUUGACCGGGAAUGACCAGGACAAAUUCAAGUACUCUUCGCAAAUUGUCAUUGGAGUGGUUCAACUCCUAAUAUGCAACUGGCCACCGCACGAUCUGAUGACAGAGAGCGAAGCAAUUGCAGACGCUGCUUACUUUGUCCCGUGGUAUCAAUGGCCAAGUGACCUUCAAAAAUCUAUUCAAAUCGUGAUCCUGAGAGCUCAAAAGCCGGUCCGAUUGACAGCUGGAAAAUUCGUGUACCUCUCCCUGGAAACUUUUGCAUCGAUGGUUUCAUCGGCUGUCUCCUUUUUCACGGUGCUAAGGUCACUCAAUUAGGACAAACAACUGUAAUUAGCAAACUCGAUACACCGACGAAAAACAAUCUACUGAGCUUAUUUCAAUUCGAAUACAUGUGCUGUGUCAAUUUUCCAAUUCUUAAAUAUUUUUUUCACUUUCAUGAUCAUGCUGCGCACGAACUGUGAAGCCCUGUCAAAUCUCGAUUACGAUAUUUGAUUCACUAGUCAUUCAAAACGUCAAUGGCAAUGGUCCUUUUGCCGAAGCUGAGUAAUAGACGUGAAAAUGGUUGCAUA